CGAAGCCACAAGUAGGCUUUCUUGUUCAGCAAGCAGUGAGGGGAACACAGCACCACGGCCGGGCUUGUUCCGCGUUAUCCAAAUUCACCUGCGGGCUAAACCAUGUCCCUGAGUCCCAAACACUCAACUCCUUUCUCUGUGACAGAUAUUUUAUGCCCGAUUGAGGAGACUUACAGAAAGUUUGGAGGCAUGGACAGUACAGGGAACCUCGGGUCUCCGCUGGGUGCAUACCGACAAACUCAGGUGUCUCAGUCGGGAAUGCAGCAGCACUCCAUGGGCCACAACACCGCGGUGGCGAGCGCCUAUCACAUGCCACACACUGUCUCACAGUUUUCCAGCGCCAUGGGAGGCUACUGCAACGGAAGCAUCGGAAAUAUGGGAGACCUCCCGUCUUACCAGGACACCAUGAGGAAUGGCGCAGCAGCAACUGCAUGGUACAGCGCUAACCCCGAACCCCGUUAUCCAACAAUUUCUAGGUUCAUGGGGGCUUCCACUGGAAUGAACAUGAGCGGCAUGGGGACCUUGGCAGGGAUGGACGCAACAAAAUCUAUGGUGACCUUACACACAGCGCCGAGGAGAAAACGAAGGGUUCUCUUCUCUCAGGCCCAGGUGUACGAGUUGGAGCGGCGGUUUAAGCAGCAGAAAUACCUGUCGGCGCCAGAGAGAGAACACCUGGCGAGCAUGAUCCAUCUGACGCCAACACAGGUCAAGAUUUGGUUCCAGAACCACAGAUACAAAAUGAAACGCCAGGCGAAGGACAAAGCGACACAGCAGAUUCAACCAGAGAAUGUCAACGGCUGCCCUCAGCAACAAUCGCCGAGGCGCGUGGCAGUCCCUGUUCUCGUGAAGGACGGCAAGCCCUGUCAGAACGGAUCCAGCACGCCAACGUCUGGGCUCCAGCAGGUGCAACAACAACAGAACAUGUCGGGUGGAGGAGCAAUGUCAGCACAGGGUAUUGCAGUGGUUAAUCACCACCAGAAUCAGCCGGUAAAUCAUCAGUUAUCCUCUGCCGAAGAACUGGAGGAAAUGUCCCCCAGUCCUCCUAUUUUACAGAGCCACAUUAACAUGGCUCAGACAGACGCGGCUCUUCUCGAGUACACCAAUAACAUGGUCAGUUCAAACCUCCUAUAUGGUAGAACUUGGUAGGCAGAAUUCUACCAUUUAAAAAGGUUUAUUUUAACUUUGGAAACCAUUACGUCAAGUGGAAUUUAAAGCCAGGGGGACCGUGGUCGUUGGUGACAAGUAGGACAACAAAAACACAGUUUAUUGACAUUGGAGAGUUGCAUGGUGCCCUUUGCAGUCGACCGUUUGUGAUUACUUUUAAAGAAGAUUAGUUCAUAUUUGAUACAAUUGUGACUCCAACCACUCGGUGACGGUAUUAGGCUUAUAAAAGACAAAGUGACGUUUUAUUUGUUGGAAUUAUAAUUUUUUUGAGAACACAUGAGGGUAUCAGGCCGAAGUACUGUAAUAUUUCGAAUAAUCAACCUGAACUGUAUAAGUUAGCUAACAAACAUUUAAUGUGACUAUUUUUUUUAACGAAUUAUUUGUUCGUUAGAUCAUUUUGUAAAUGACAAAUGUGACUGCUGCUGCAUAGCAUAAAUAUCUAUCACAAUCGAGUGUAAUUUUAACAAGCAUUGCUGCUUAUUCAUGUUGAUGAAAUAAUUCUAAAGUACAUUGACUGAAAUGCAACAAUUUUCACAGUUAUAGAAUAAUUAUGAUUUCAAGCGUGAAGGUGUAAUGUAAUAAAAUGACUCCAAUAAUAUUACCUACAUUAUAGCAAUGCUACAAUUUUUUUUAUCAGUUCUUAUUGCCACCACCCCAUCUUUGAAAUCGGAUAUAAUUAUACAUUUAAAUAUAAUUACCGUUUAAAAGGGACAUCACAGAAACAUUCAGCACGUUGUCUAUAUAUUCAGCAUUAGAAAGCCCUAGAAUGCGAGACGAUUUGCAAGCGAUUCAAUAAGGCCUCCGUUUCUCAGGCUAAUGAUUGGGAAAAGAUAAGAAAAAGAUGUAGGCCUAUUAUUAAAUUCUUAAAAUAUGAG